AUGGAUGUUGUGCCAAAGAAGCCAAAUCCACCUUAUGGCCCAAAGGAUGUCCAGCUGGAAGAUCUGGAAGGGCAGAGGAAGAAUUUUUCCUUCCCUGUAGCAUUUGAUAUAGAACAUUCUGGCGGAAGUGUGGGAAAUGGAUUGGAGGAGGGCCAGAUAGGGGGCCCCAAGCCAGGGCAUUAUCCAAUUGGUUUGCUGUUUGAUCUUCUUGCAUCAAGUUCAGCUCUUCCUUGGAACAUCACAGUACAUUUUAAGAGUUUUCCAGAAAAGGACCUUCUGCACUGUCCAUCUAAGGAUGCAAUUGAAGCUCAUUUUAUGUCUUGUGUGAAAGAAGCUGAUGCAUUAAAGCAUAAAAGUCAAGUAAUCAAUGAAAUGCAGAAAAAAGAUCAUAAGCAGCUCUGGAUGGGAUUACAAAAUGACAGAUUUGACCAGUUUUGGGCCAUCAACCGGAAACUCAUGGAAUAUCCUGCAGAAGAAAAUGGAUUUCGUUUUAUCCCUUUUAGAAUAUAUCAGACAACAACCGAACGACCUUUCAUUCAGAAGCUUUUUCGUCCUGUGGCUGCAGAUGGACAAUUGCAUACACUAGGCGAUCUCCUCAAAGAAGUUUGUCCUUCUGCAGUUGCUCCUGAAGAUGGAGAAAAAAAGAAUCAAGUGAUGAUUCAUGGAAUUGAGCCAAUGUUGGAAACACCUCUGCAGUGGCUGAGUGAACAUCUGAGCUACCCAGAUAAUUUUCUUCAUAUUAGUAUCAUCCCACAACCAACAGACUGAAGGAUCAACUCUGUGCCUGAACGGAAUCACCCUUAAACAGGAUUUACCAGAGCAUGUCACCCUUCUGUUUCAAUCAGGUUUGGUGGAGGCAACCUGACCAGAAACACUACUACAAGCCAAACAGGAAGAUGAUUCCAUGUCAGAUAAGGGCACUUGGGCUGGUCUUACUUUGCAUCACCACUGCUUUCCUCCACUGCCGUCAUUAAACCUCAGCUGCGACAUGAAAGACUUCACAGGACCACUGCAAGUCUUCUGUUUUCUUGUAAAAUAUAAUGAAGCCGAAACCUUUGGCCUAAGAAGAAAAUGGAAAUAUGUGCCACUUGAUUUGUAUUUCUGAUUAACAAAUAAACAGGGGUAUUUCCUAAGGUGACCAUGAUUGAACUUGAGCUCAAGGGAGUGGAAACAUUGGUUUAAUUUUCUAGAGAAUUAGACUUAAGAAAGUAAAAGAGAAAUUCUGUUAUCAAUAACUUGCAGUAAUUUUUUGUAAAAGAUCCAAUUACAGUAAACCCAUCUUUCCUUAACGAAAAUUUCCUAUGUUUACAGUCUGUCUAUUGGUAUGCAAACAAUCUUGUAACUUUGAUAAUGAACAGUGAGAGAUUUUUAAAUAAAGCCUCUAAAUAUGUUUUGUCAUUUAAUAACAUACGAUUUUGUCACUUUUCCAGUACUUUCUGACUCACAUACAGCAGAUCACUGUUUUUACUCUGUUACCAUUCAGGCGGGUCGUCAUUGACAUGGAGUAGAUGGAGGACGUAGGAUAACUUGUCUCAGGAGCUGUCGUAGAAUUUCUUGCUGCCACUUUUUAAGUCUGUGUUCUUUACAUGCUAAAGGUAUAAAUGUUAUCAUUUAUCUUUGCUGUUUUAUCACUGUAAACCUGUCAAAUCAUAGUAUGCUAAGCAUCUGUAUAAGAUAAUUUUGGUUUUUUGGGAAAACCCAGUCCUUUCCAAGCUAGUGGUUUUCAUUGGCUUCAGGUCUAAUAUUUCACUGUGUCCCCUGGCAGCCAGUCUUUGAAGUCUAAAGAUUACCAAUCUCCUGACUGUAGUAGCUUUUCCUCAACUUUACCAAAAAUAUUCAGAGGUUCCUGAAGUUCUUAUUCAGUAUAAGGAUAUUUUUGCUGCACUUUAUUACCAUGCUGCUGGGGUUCUACCAGCUGAACAUACUUGUGCAUCACACUGUUUCUUGUGAGCUAGCUUGCUGUCCACAUGGAAUGUCUACCCAUUUGAAUAUGCUAAAAGACAUAGUAUCAUACAAUAAUGGUUUUAGAUUCCAUAAUAAAAAUGAAUGUUUUUCUUAUAAAAAUUGUACAGAUGUCGAAGUGAGAUCCUGCUAGUGCUCACUGCUUCCUUUUUCCUUUUGUGAUUUCCACUGAUUAAUGAUAGUAUAUUUAUUCACAGAAUGGAAUAAAGUUAGUCAAAGAUCAGAUAUUCUGGAGUGGAAUGGAUAAGCCUCAAUCAAGAGAAACAGGGUACCAACGUGAGAAAAUUCAACAUAAUUGGCAAAUGUCAAUAAAAUGAAAAGUGCCAUUUUAGUAAAGGCAGAAAAAAAUAACAAUAUUUGAGCUACUUAAGGACAAAAAACCCACUGACUUGUAUUUUUUCAAAAGAGGUUGAUCUGAAUAUGAUUAUUCACAUUAAAAGUGUUUAUUCGUCUAUUCAGUUUGGGGGUUUUCCCCCUUGAUGUUUUGACAGACUGAAGUGAGCUUCAGUGAACAAAAGGAUCAAAAUGCCAGGGAGUGCUAAGCUGUGAAGAAGAAAGUGUGGUAAGAACGGUAAGCCAUAGUAGUUUUCCACAGACAACACUAGUUUGAGGUUUCUGCAGUGGACUCAAGUGAGCUGCUGAUCUUUACUUCCAGAUUUGAAAGUAAAUUUUAUCAAGCCAUUACCCGUUGCUACUUGUUCAUUAUUGCACCAGCAUCAUAACUGUAAUACUCUGCUCUUGUCCCAGGUAAGUCAAGCCCCAAUCCCCAGAGGAAGAAUAAACACAGAAAUUAGUGCUGGCUUAAAUAUCUAUUUUUGUUUCUUUUUAUUUGAAUAUUUAAAUUUUAUGGUUUAUUAAAAAAUUAAAUAAAAUUUUGUGUCUGUCAUUAUUUCCAGAAGUUGGAAAUUGAAUUUAUAUAAAGCAAGUUACCUAUUGGCGAACUGAUUUAACUUUCCUUAGUCUCAUGCUUGUCUAGAAGUUUCUCAAAGAAGUGAAAGUUACGAGGUGUAAGGCUGGAGAGGGCCACAGAUCUCUAUAUGCUUGUUUAUAACUCACUCUUGGUAGUGACCCCCCCCAAGAAAAUGAAAAUAUGUUUUAAAAUUAUUGACAUUGUUAACUAGGAAGGUAUAAAUUCAGCCUAAAUAAAGUAAAUCAUUGCUUGUC